AGUCGUCAUCCCGAAGUCAAGUGGGCACAAAGGUCCGACAAGAUCUACCUUACUAUUCUCUUAGCUGAUGCAAAGAAUGUUCAGAUUAAUCUUGAUCCAGAUGGUGUUUUCACUUUCUCUGGCAUCACUGGUUCAGACAAUAUCUUGUAUGAGGUCAAAUUGGAGCUAUUUGAUAAAGUAAACGUUGAGGCAAGCAAACUAAACACUGGCGUUAGGAGCAUCUUCUGUGUUAUAGAAAAAGCUGAGAAAGGGUGGUGGAAGAAGCUAUUGCGUGGUGAUGGAAAGCUACCUCACUACAUUAAAGUUGACUGGGAUAGAUGGGCAGAGGAAGAUGAGGAUGAUGGUUUGUUCUUUACUUCUGUUUAUUUUUAUAUACAUGGCAUACAAUUUUUAUGUGUUCACAUA